GGCCCGGCCGCAGCCCCAGGCCCGAGGAAGCGGCGGGGCCGGCGCCAUGGCCGAGCGGGGCCGCCUGGGCCUGGCCGGCGCGCCCGCCGCGCUCAACACGCCGGUGCCCAUGAACCUGUUCGCCACCUGGGAGGUGGACGGCUCCAGUCCCAGCUGCGUGCCCAGGUUGUGCAGCCUGACCUUGAAGAAGCUGGUGGUCUUCAAGGAGCUGGAGAAGGAGCUCAUCUCCGUGGUGAUAGCCGUCAAGAUGCAGGGCUCCAAACGGAUCCUGCGGUCCCAUGAGAUUGUGCUGCCCCCCAGUGGACAAGUGGAGACCGACCUGGCGCUGACGUUCUCUCUGCAGUACCCACACUUCUUGAAGAGGGAAGGCAACAAGCUUCAGAUCAUGCUGCAGCGGAGAAAGCGAUACAAGAAUCGCACGAUCCUGGGCUACAAGACACUGGCGGCGGGCUCCAUCAACAUGGCUGAGGUGAUGCAGCACCCCUCUGAGGGUGGCCAAGUGCUGAGCCUCUGCAGCAACAUCAAGGAGACCUCGGUCAAGGUGGCUGAGAUCUGGAUCUUCUCCCUGUCCAGCCAGCCCAUCGACCACGAGGACAGUGCCAUGCAGGCCGGCCCCAAGGCGAAGUCCACAGAUAACUACUCUGAGGAGGAGUAUGAGAGCUUCUCCUCGGAGCAGGAGGCCAGUGAUGAUGCCGUGCAAGGGCAGGAUCUUGAUGAGGAUGACUUUGAUGUGGGGAAGCCCAAGAAGCAGAGGCGAUCGAUAGUAAGAACGACGUCCAUGACCAGGCAACAAAACUUCAAGCAGAAAGUCGUGGCUCUGCUGCGGAGGUUUAAAGUGUCGGACGAGGUUCUUGACUCAGAGCAGGACCCUGCAGAGCAUGUCCCCGAGGUGGAGGAGGACCUGGACCUUCUGUACGACACACUGGACAUGGAGAACCCCAGUGACAGCGGCCCCGACAUGGAGGACGACGACAGCGUCCUCAGCACCCCCAAGCCAAAGCUCAGGCCGUACUUCGAAGGCCUGUCACACUCCAGCUCGCAGACAGAGAUCGGGAGCAUCCACAGCGCCCGGAGCCAGAAGGAGCCCCCGAGUCCGGCUGAUGUGCCCGAGAAGACGCGGGCCUUGGGAGGCAAGCAGCCAAGCGACAGCGUCUCUGACACAGUGGCCCAUAGUGCGCCCGUCCCGGGGGAGCAGCCUGCGCAGCCGGUGGACAGCCCAGAGGUGGAAACCUCUGCCCUGGAUGUGUUCACUGAGAAGCUGCCGCCCAGUGGGCGCAUCACCAAGACGGAGUCUCUCGUCAUCCCCUCUACCAGGUCCGAGGGGAAGCAGGCUGGCCGCCGGGGCCGGAGCACAUCCCUGAAGGAGCGGCAGCCAGCACGGCCGCAGAACGAGCGGGCCAACAGCCUGGACAAUGAGCGCUGCCCAGACACCCGGAGCCAGCUACAGAUCCCCAGGAAGACCGUGUACGACCAGUUAAACCACAUCCUCAUCUCCGACGACCAGCUCCCUGAGAACAUCAUUCUCGUUAACACCUCCGACUGGCAGGGGCAGUUCCUCUCGGACGUGCUGCAGCGGCACACGCUCCCCGUGGUGUGCACCUGCUCCGCAGCCGACGUGCAGGCCGCCUUCAGCACCAUCGUCUCGCGGAUACAGCGAUACUGCAACUGCAACUCGCAGCCCCCGACGCCUGUGAAGAUCGCCGUGGCGGGUGCUCAGCAUUACCUCAGCGCCAUUCUCCGGCUCUUCGUGGAGCAGCUGUCCCACAAGACCCCUGACUGGCUGGGCUACAUGCGCUUCCUCGUCAUCCCCCUGGGCUCCCACCCCGUGGCCAGAUACCUGGGUUCCGUCGACUACCGCUACAACAACUUUUUCCAGGACCUGGCCUGGAGAGAUCUGUUCAACAAGCUGGAGGCCCAGAGCGCCGGUGAGGCCCGGGUGCAGGACACGCCGGACAUCGUGUCGAGAAUCACGCAGUACAUCUCAGGUGCCAACUGCGCCCACCAGCUGCCCAUUGCAGAGGCCAUGCUGACCUACAAGCAGAAGAGGAAAAAGAACUUUCAUUUUGACUUUACCCUCAGCCCUGACGAGGAGUCCUCUCAGAAGUUCAUUCCCUUCGUGGGGGUGGUGAAGGUCGGAAUAGUGGAACCAUCCUCGGCCACAUCAGGCGACUCGGAUGACGCUGCCCCCUCGGGCUCCAGCGUCCUCUCGUCCACCCCGCCGUCCACGUCUCCUGCGGCCAAGGAGGCCUCGCCCACCCCGCCCUCCUCCCCGUCAGUGAGCGGGGGCCUGUCCUCCCCCAGCCAGGGCGUUGGCGCUGAGCUGAUGGGGCUGCAGGUGGAUUACUGGACGGCAGCCCCGCCCGCAGACAGGAAGAGAGAUGCGGAGAAGAAGGACCUGCCCGCUGCCAAAAACACGCUCAAGUGCACCUUCCGGUCUCUCCAGGUCAGCAGGCUGCCCAGCAGUGGCGAGGCCGUGGCCACGCCCACCAUGUCCAUGACGGUGGUCACCAAGGAGAAGAACAAGAAGGUGAUGUUUUUGCCCAAGAAAGCCAAGGACAAGGACGUGGAGUCCAAAAGCCAGUGCAUCGAGGGCAUCAGCCGCCUGAUCUGCACGGCCAAGCACCAGCAGAACAUGCUGCGGGUCCUCAUCGACGGCGUGGAGUGGAACGAUGUCAAGUUCUUCCAGCUGGCGGCUCAGUGGUCCUCUCAUGUCAAGCACUUCCCCAUCUGCAUCUUCGGACACUCCAAGUCCACCUUCUAGCCCCGCCCACCGUGGGCCGCCAGCUCCCCGCCCUGGAGUUGGGAGGGCCCAGCUGCUUUUCUGUUAACAUUUCAGUUUACUACAGAGACAGACCCUUAAAAACACAAAGAGAAACAGUCUUAAGUAUGGAUGUGCUCACAACCUGGAAACUAAUGGGGUAGCUCCCCACUGGGAGCCCAUAACUGCUCUGCUUAUUAACCAGAAUGUUCUGACAGGGGUGGGAGGUCAGGCGGACGGUGUUGAGCUUGAGAAUCAUGAAAGGUGUGUUUUGGCCUCAGGACGGCCUGAGUGCCCCUCAAGAAGCGUUCUUUGCUGUCUCGUCCUGUCCUUGAAAGCCUGGACUCUGCUUCCUUGGGGAGCCUGGGUCAGGCAGGCGGCCGCACAGACCCCCAGGCUGCCCAGGCACAGAGUUGAGUGACCAGAGGCUGAAGGCUGUCUUCCUGUUGGGGGCAUCCUGAGCAGAACACAGAGGCAGGUCAGCCCAGCCCUGGGCUGCAGCUGCCAACCCGCGGAAACACCCCAGCACCGCCCACUCGUGGUUCCUAAUAAGCCCCGGCCUCUGGGGCAGCAGAGGUUUUAUAGUAGUGGAUAUUUUUAAUGCUUUUAAAUACAUGUUACAACGUAGCUGCCGAAUAGACUGCUCUUCUGAAGUCCCAGCAGCCCUCAGGGCUGCGGGAGAGCCAGCCAGCGCUGCCCACAUCCCAGCCCCAAACCUGCCUGCCCCCACGGCGUGCUCCUUGGGCUGUUCUUGAGACACUGCUAUGCUUCUGCAAGUUGUCCCUGCCUCAAACUGGGCAAGCACAGCGGCCUCUGCAGCAGGCCCCGGCCCAGUCAGCCUCCUCCUGCUGCCCCCUUCGGCCCCACCUGCUGGCUGGGAGGACAUCUGGGCCAGGCGACCAGAUGUGUGUGUGUCACCUUUAGCACUAAAGUGGCCAGUGAAUUCUCAGGUGAGGUGGCCUGGCCUCUAGCCAAGCUCCUCAAAGCGAGGUUCUGGGUUUGGGUCCCAUCCUGGGUGGCAGCCUGGCCCUCUGCCUUCCCAUGCAGCCUGCUCGCCAGUCCUGCUGUUCCCCGCCACACCCCUGCACCCUGGGUCUUCACAGGGAGAGCCCACCAGCUUCCGCUGCUUGGCAGCUGUGGACCCUGGCAGCCCUCGCAGGGGGCAGCUUCCUAAGGCUGAGAGCCACACAGGCUGUGCUCAGCAAACAGUGCCAAAGGCAGGACGGGCUGCAGGCCGUCCCCACUCUUCCCUACGACAGCCCUCACCAAAGGCCUGCGGCACAGAGGGCUCCCACCCUCCGGGGUGUGCAAGCUGGCCCGUUGUUCUCGCCUGUUUUCUUCUACCUGUUUACCUCCUCGCCCAGGCGGCUGUCCAGGGUCUGAGUGUUCAUGGCUGAGGGUCCUGGGGCUACCUGGUGGACAGGACUUGGGUGUCCACGCCUCGGAAUGCUGCGCAGGGGCCACCUCCCCACAAGAGCCCCUCCCUGCUGAGAUACACCUCCUCUGAUGGCUCCCGGGGCCAGGGACCAAGGCAAAGCCCUGGCUUGGGGCCCUGCCCCUCCCCAGGAAGGACCUGUGGUGAGGGUGCAGGCCCGAACUGACACCCCUCAGGCAGCCAGUGCAGCAUCCACCUGCGGCUCCACCCAGAAGCCAGCCUUGGGACCAGACCAUCCCCACCUUCCUCCCACUGGGCCUCAGGGCCGUGGUCACUGCUCCUCAAGUUUCCUUUCCAAGGGUCAUACUCAACAGGAAAGAGGUGCAGGCAAAGCAUCCUUGGCUCAGCUUUCUGGCUGCAAGAGCUGGUUUAGAGGAAGGGCCAAGGGGGCUGUCCUGUGUACCCCGGCUGUGGGUGGCUCCUUUCCUGGGGCUGUCCCCCCCCACCCCAUGACCACUUCUAUGGCUGUGUCCUUGUAUGCGCUUCCCCCCUCUGGCCCUGAGUCCCUUGCCAAGUGCCACAGGGCCCACUCACCACACCGUCCCUAAGCCUAGCAACAACCCACUUGCAGACCUGGGCUGUGCAUAGCUCUGUGCCUCAGUCUCCCCCUUGGCUAACUGCGGAUGGUCACACCUCCCUUGCCUACCUCGUGGAGCUGUUCUGAGGGUGCACACAUAAAAGCACUUUGUCUCUCAAAGGCGGAUGACCCAGAAGCUGAAGCCGUCCACAGCUGAGCCGUGCACCAUGAGCUGAGUGGGGGACACUGUGGGGCAUGUGGGGGGGCGUGGGCCCCAUAUGACAGGAGCUGCCCCCUGGGAGCAGGGGUACUUGGCCUAUUGGGUGACCAGAAGUACUAGGACUCAAAGAUUAAGCCCCCCUCCGUCACCAUCAGGCCAGGCCAGGCUCAAGGGCCUGGCUGCCACUGUCCAGCAUGCUGUGGGCAGGCUCCACCCUUGGCCUGUAGCCUGGCCCACUGCUUUCUCCCUCCAACCAUCUUGGGUCCCCUGGGUCACCAUCUCCUCAGGGCGUGCAGGCUAGUGUCCUGAGUCAGUGUCAUGACUGACCGCAGCUCAGGAGGAGGGCCCCUGGGCGCAGAGCCAAGGGUGUCUGUGCAGAGGCUGAAGGAAUCAGAGUGGCCAAGGGCAGCUUUGCUGUACUGUCCUCACUCCCAGACAGAAAGACCUGACUGCUCUCUCUGGUCUGGGCUUUGGGAACAAAUUCUUCAUGACAAGACAGAGGAGAACAGCUUGCUGCCGAGGGCCGGCCACCUGACCUACACGUAGUCCCUGACUCCCCUCCCCAAGCCGGUCCUGUCCGCGAGGUGGGGAGGAUGUGCCCCCGGCAGGGGCCUGCAGGAGCCUGGGGGCUGGGCUUGGUGGCACCCCCGGGGUCUGCCCCUGCAGGCCACAGGGUGCCACGGCGUUCCUGCAGACCGCCAUCCAGUUCACUGCGCCUUGUUUGGUUUCUAGGAUGUACGUGUUGCUAGUUUUUUUCUUCUUUUUUUUUUUAAUGGAAAACAGGAUUAAUGUAAAUAACCUUUUUGGGGAACAGAUUCUAAUCUGUCACAUAUGUGACCACGUGGACUAUUUUAAGGUGCUGAUGCGACACUAAUAAACCUGGGGAGCACUCCCCCAGGCCUCCCUCG